CCUAAAGAUGCCGUGGUUCCACUGCUUCCUCCAUCUCCAGUCCCAUCAUGGUAGGUUUCGUUGCUCAUCACGUAUCGUCGUUGGCAAUGCUGGGUCCUCCAGGCUCUUCAUCUGACCCCAGGGACUGUCUACUACGACGGCUACUUUCUUCUACUGAAAGAUAGGCCUGCGAUACAUUUCACCUCCACAUUCGCGACGACAUCAGACGGACUGCUCCCUCCUCGAAACCCUUGCCCACCAGACUCAAAACGGUCUUCUUACACCCGCAACCUCGGGCACUUCGACUCGAAGUUUUCAUGUUAUUGCGAUUUGUUAGUACGACUCAACUCGACAGCAGAAAGAUAUUGUCUCUAGACGCAAGCAUACAUUUGGGCGAGCAGUGUCGAUUGGCAAAAAAAACAUGUUCCGUUGAGUUGUACAGUAUCAUCCUCAUCGCGAACCGCCGAUUGGUCAGCCGGUGCAGAUAGCAGGGAAUCUGUCUUCUUCAACAAAGAGCAACAGACUCGGAGAUGGGCACUGGCCAAAGAUUUCAUCUCCCAGGCUCGCUGAAAAGAGCGAAGUCCAAUGCACUUUAUCAAGAGUGGAAACCGGACAGGAAGGAACAUAAGGCUCAAAACGUCCUCGGCAUCUCCGAAGCCGCUCUCAACACCGCCCGUAACGAAAGUGUCAGCUCUUCGAAUACAGCCAGGAUACCGGCGUUAUCGUUCUCAGAUGCCACGACGGAGCUGGGUUCUUCGAGGGCGCCAACCGAAAAACCGGAUACGGCUCCAGAGUUGAGGCUGAAGGCCUCUUCAGUGCUAUUGCAUGAAGACUUCUGCAUCAGUGCCGAGACAGCAAAAUCGAUACAUUCAAAACGACUCAAAUCGCAGACUUCUUCCUCAACCCUCGGCUCUCACUAUGACCCUCAAAGAAUGCCUUUGGCUAUAUCGCAACAAACUUCCGAUUCGUCGAGGCGGGACUUUGCCCUGCGCAAAGGCUCACCUGUCAUUGUCAAGGCGACCACGCCUGAGAAAGAUUCGCUGCGCCAGUUGCGUGUCUUCAGGUCAUCCAAGAACCGAGACAAGGUGGAAACCAAGAAGCUUUCGAAAAUAAAAUCGGAUUCUUCCGCUUCGCCAGCUCGAACACUGUUUAGCAGUCAAAGGUAUACGACCUCCACUGACCAUGCCGGAAAGUCUGUUUCGGCACCCUCCUCAAAAUCCUCUGUCUCAUACAGUGAAGGUCAACAUCCCGGGGAUUCUCGAUCCGGUUUCAUGGGGAAGGUCCCAGUGGCCGAUGCCAAAACGUCCAAGGCGUUCCGCACUUCCGCAGAUGCCCCAGUCGACGCACCACACAUCAAACUCAACAUCAGGCGACCGAGGGUUGGGGCAAAACAUUGGUUUGACGGACUGGAAGGCGACAGCAGCGAAGAAGAGAGCGUCCACGAACCAGAAUUUCAGCCCAGCUUUGUCGCGGGGAUGGAAAGUGCUUUCGAGGAUGGAAGGAUUGGUCCAGUGUCCAAAGGUUUGGAGCGGAUGUCCGCUUUCAUUUCAGAAAUCUCGCAUGGCGAUACUGCAUCGGCGAUGUCUAAGCCGUCGAGUUCUUCUUCACGCCAUGUGUUGCCAGCCUCUGCCAUUCCCCCUCGGGUGUCAACACUCAACGCCAAAUCAUCAAAGGUGACGCUAUCGCAGCAUGAGCCGCAACCGCAGCCGGUAAACUCUGUAAAGCCAAAGUCGAAGUUCUUGGCUUCAAGCGACCUGCACACCACAAGUAUACUCGAUCUCUCUUCGUCGGAUGAUGAGGAACAGCAGCAACGUGGCAUAAACCCCCAUCGAGGUUCUCUGCCUCAACUGCGUGAUAGCAUAGCGGUCGAGUCGCUGAUGGAAUCAGAUAUUGUGGUUGAAACUGCGAAAGCCAUUGACACAAAGCAGAAUGCAUCCAUACAGGCAACGCCUAGCGUGAGACGAGUGGCUCGCAAUGCGUCGAAGCGAGGGGCAAGACCGUCAAUCAAGCCCCCCAACAGGACCCACGAUUCGAGACAGACGUACUUCAGCGACCACUCGUCCGCGCCAGAACCUGAGGAAUCCGAUCUUCUAACCUCAUUUCCCCCUACCCCUACGGAGUCACGCCGUACGUCUCUCCGAAGCUCCUGUCUAUCGGAUAAUGCGAGUAUAGAGAGCCGAAGAAUGGUCAGUGUGACCAAGCAGGAAGAGUCAUUGCUUGCAGUCAUGAGGCUGAAGAAGGCAGCCUUGCAGCACGGACAGAGGAGCACCGACCCACGAAUCCGGGUGCUGAGAGACCUGGAUAGAAAGCCUCAUGACCGACACCUGCCAGCAGCAGCCACGUCCGAAAAUUUCUCGCGGGCUAGACCAAGAAAUCAAGAAAUUCUCGGCUCUGAUAGCAACUCUGAUCAGGCGUCUUGCACCACGUUUCAAACCGGCAGAUCCAUUGACCCGAGUAACAGGUUUUCCAUGGCAAGCUUCCGAACAGAGACUUCCCUGGAUCCUGACACUGACAUGUCUUUCAUGCCCUCGCCCAGUCUUCUCCCUGUUACGAAAGGUGCGACGCGUUUGAGCCGUGCUACAUUCUUUUCUACCUCGACAGGUGACUCGAGAGAAACGUCACGUUCUCGACGGGAGCACAAUUACAGAGCGGCCUUGGAGAGAUUGUCAUCUGUUCCACCGCGGGACGAUAUCCCGUCGCAAGAAUUUAUUGAUUGGCCUUACCAUGGGUGGGACGUCAAGACGGCGCUCGCCACAGCGCGUUAGGAAGAGGAAUCGACCGUUCCUGGUGUCUUGGCCGAAUGGAUUCAGUGAUACCUAUGUUAAACGUCACCCCUGUACUUAUAAGAAUUUUCUUCUUUUGUGAUGAUGACGAUAAUGUGGAGGAUGUGCUUGUGAGAGUCGGCGCUCGGCGCCCGUUUUGUACAGUAUCAGAAUGACCCCUGAAAGUGGUCGAAUUGGCCUUAUGACACGCCAAACAACCCCGUGUAUCAGUAUGAUGUCUCU